CGCUUUGAGCUACUCCUGGCCGUUUGUUUGGAAAUAAAUUCACCUGAAUUCCUUCAGAUUUAGCCAGAAAAGACGAAAUAUGCCUCCCUCGCCGGCCACAUUACGGCCUUCCUCGCUCUCAGCUUCUCAUCGACUGCAGCCGCUGUGGCCCCGCCCCCUUGCGUGCGUGCGGGGCUUUGUGACGCACGCCCUGGCGCGCCUCCGGGGCUAUAAAAAGGCCCGCAAGGAUCAGGCCUCCUCAGGAGCCGCCCGCAAGCGGGUAACGAGGAAGCUCUUAAGAACGCAGCCGUCAAGAAGACAUCCUGCCAAAAUGAUUUCUUCAACGUCCAGAUUUGGCAUACCCUAUGGCCUCAAGACUCUACUCGAAGGAAUUAGCAGAGCCACUAUCAAAAGCAACCCAUCAAACAUCAACCAGUUUGCAGUAGUUUAUUUUAAAGAACUUACUAUGUAUAGAGAAGGGAAUACUUCUCUGGAUAUAAAGGAUCUGGUUAAACAAUUUCAUCAGACUAAAGUACAGAAGUGGUCAGAAGGAUCAACACGACCGAAGAAAGUAGAAUGUUUAAAAGAACCGGAAAAAACAUCUGUAGAAUCUAAAGUACCUACACGGAUGGAAAAAUCUACAGACACAGAGGAGGACAAUGUAACCGGAACAGGAUAUAAUGACAAAACCACCCAGUUUCCAUCAUCAACUUCUGCUGAGCUAGGUGCUGAGCAAACUGAAGCAGCUCAUGAUUCUUCUCCCAAAGCAGCUACCCCUAAGACUACCAGCCCACCCACCUCACCGCCUCCAACAGCUGUCUCACCAGAGUUUGCCUAUGUCCCAGCUGACCCAGCUCAGUUUGCUGCUCAGAUGUUAGCAAUGGCAGCAAGCGAACCAGAACAGCCACCACCAUAUUCCAACAUGUGGACCCUUUAUUGUCUAACUGAUAAGAAUCAACAAAGUCACUCAUCACCGCCACCUGCACCUGGGCCUUUCCCCCAAGCAACCCUCUACAUAUCUAAUCCUAAGGAUCCGCAGUUUCUGCAGCAUCCACCAACAGUCACUUCUCCAAUUUAUGUGAUGGACGACACAAAGAAGAUCAGUGCCCCACCUUUUAUCUUAGUAGGCUCAAAUGUUCAGAAAGCACAGGAAUGGGAACCUCUUCCUGGUCAUGCUGUUGUUUCGCGGUCAGGUGUCUUGAAGAGAUAUGCUGCAGUGCAAGUGCCCAUUGCUGUUUCUGCAGAUGGGAAAUUCCAGAAACAUACUCUAAGUCCCCACAAUGCUAAUCCUCCAAGUGGACAAGAUGUCCCCAAGCCAAAAAGCCCUGUUUUUCUUUCUGUUGCUUUCCCAGUAGAAGAUGUAGCUAAAAAAAGUUCAGGAUCUGGUGACAAAUGUGCUCCCUUUGGAAGUUACGGUAUUGCUGGGGAGAUAACUGUGGCUACUGCUCACAAAGUUCGCAAAGCAGACAGUGAAAACUGGUAGGUACACUUUCCUACCGUAACAUCUAGGUAGGAAAAAAAAACAUGUUUUGACCUGGAGAUUUAGAUAGCUAAAAACAAUUUAAGAUAAUAUGUAAUAAAUUGGGGUAUACUCUUAAUUUCCUGGGGUUACUGUCUAACUAACUUCCUAACCACCAGUUACUAAUAAAUGCACAGCAGAUGCACAGUACCACAAUGACUUGCACCAAGGAUUUGAUGCCCAUUAAACUAAUGAACUCAGUCGCCUUUGAAUACCUAGUCCAUUGUCUAACACAGUGGUAGAUGCGAAAAGGGGAUGGAUUUUUAAAACAGGAUGAUUUAGUUGGCAUGUUUAGGGGGGAGCUGGAAAAAACUGAAGAGCAAGGUAGGUAAGAGAGAAGUCUUGAUUGAUUAUGUAACAGAGCACUUAAUUCAUGUGGUAAGAGACAGUAGAUGGACAGGUGAGAAGCAGAGUAAAGAGCUAAGUAACAGCUGAGAUUAACUGUGGAUGAGACUGCUUGAUCACUCACAAGUCAUUUUUAAGUUUUUCAUUUAUACUUAAUGCCAAGUCCUAUGCUAGCUCUCCUCCCCUAUGUGUGGACAGUAGAGUAAGCAAAACAUGGAACCUACAUCUUAAUGGGGGAGACAGUCAGAAAAGUAUAUUACAACAUGUAUUAUGGAGAAAACAAGGUACUGACACAGGCCUGCCUUUAAGUGUCACUAUUAGAUAGGGUGUUCAGGCUCAGAUACAAACUGACACCCAAGCAGGAGAAGGAGCCAGCUUUGCAGGGUACGUCCAGGUUGUGUCCUAGGGCAGGAAAGAACACGGGGGUUCCAGGGACAGCAAAGCAGGCCACGGUGAGACUGGCUGGGAGGGGAUGGGGAGAUUGCAUAAGAUGAAGAUUUUGAUUGAAUGUUCAAUGGGAAGCCAGCACAAGUGUUUUAAGCAGAAGAAUGACUGAUAAAAUCAGAUUCCUGUUUUUAUUAGAUCCCUCAGAUUGCUAUGUAGAAAAAGAUUAGCUAGCAGUAAGGGGAAGGUCAACAGAGGAAG